CGGGGCCUAGAGGCUCUCCGCUGGGCCCGAGCGGGCUGGGGGAGGGGAGCGUGGGGCCGACAGUUUUGGGGGUGAAAAGGCAAAAGGCGGGUGAAAGGCUGCCUCCCGAGGCUCUCCUUGCUUGGAAUUCUGCCCACUCUGCGGAGUUAGGAGUCACGACCUCCAGCACAGGAUGUGGUACCACAGAUUGUCCCACCUACACGGCAGGCUUCAGGACUUGCUGAAGGGAGGAGUCAUAUAUCCAGCCCUUCCACAGCCCAACUUCAAAAGCUUACUUCCUUUAGCUGUCCAUUGGCACCAUACAGCCUCCAAGUCUCUGACUUGUGCUUGGCAGCAACAUGAAGAUCAUUUUGUUACUCUGGCUGCGACUUCCAGUACUAUGUGGAGUAAGAGUAGGAAGAAGCUGAAAUAUGCUAAUACCGUGAUGCGCUUUGAUUAUGUCUGGCUUCGAGACCACUGCCGCUCAGCAUCGUGCUACAACUCUAAGACUCACCAGCGCAGCCUGGAUACUGCCAGUGUGGAUUUAUGUAUCAAGCCAAAGACCAUUCGUCUGGAUGAGACCACACUCUUUUUCACUUGGCCAGAUGGUCAUGUGACUAAAUAUGAUUUGAAUUGGCUGGUGAAAAACAGCUAUGAAGGGCAGAAACAAAAAGUCAUCCAGCCUAGAAUACUAUGGAAUGCUGAAAUCUACCAGCAAGCCCAAGUUCCAUCUGUAGAUUGCCAGAGCUUCUUAGAAACCAACGAGGGACUGAAGAAGUUUCUGCAAAACUUUCUGCUCUAUGGAAUUGCAUUUGUAGAAAAUGUCCCUCCCACUCAAGAGCACACAGAGAAGUUGGCAGAAAGGAUCAGCUUAAUCAGAGAAACCAUUUAUGGGAGGAUGUGGUAUUUCACUUCAGACUUCUCCAGAGGUGACACUGCGUACACCAAGCUAGCUCUGGAUCGGCACACUGACACUACCUAUUUUCAAGAGCCCUGUGGCAUUCAAGUGUUUCAUUGUCUUAAACAUGAAGGAACUGGUGGCAGGACACUGCUAGUAGAUGGAUUCUAUGCAGCAGAACAGGUACUUCAAAAGGCACCUGAGGAAUUUGAACUCCUCAGUAAAGUGCCAUUGAAGCAUGAAUAUAUUGAAGAUGUUGGAGAAUGUCACAACCACAUGAUUGGGGUUGGGCCAGUUUUAAAUAUCUACCCAUGGAAUAAAGAGCUGUAUUUGAUCAGGUACAACAACUAUGACCGGGCUGUCAUCAAUACCGUUCCUUAUGAUGUCGUCCAUCGCUGGUAUACAGCACACCGGACGCUAACGAUAGAGUUGAGAAGACCUGAGAAUGAGUUUUGGGUCAAACUAAAGCCUGGCAGGGUCCUAUUUAUAGACAACUGGCGUGUCCUACAUGGCAGGGAAUGCUUCACUGGCUACCGCCAACUCUGUGGCUGCUAUUUAACAAGAGAUGAUGUAUUAAACACUGCUCGCCUCUUGGGGCUUCAGGCUUAAAAUUGACAGCAUCGGGAUUAUGAAUACACCUGGCACCCUGGCUACCAGAAUUUCAUAUGGGCAGAAUAAUAUUGUGUCAAACUCUACUUCAGAUUGUCUCCUUAAUCCAUCCCACAAAACAGAAUCUGUCCGUUUCUCUAGUAAGGGAGACUUGUUAGAGAGGGGGGACUCUGAGUUAUCUAACGUCAGACAUCUAGUGGGGCAGCUCUCUUCCUCAUGUUACAACAUGGAUCCACUUGUUUUAUUUAAACCUUUUAAUAUAAUUUUGGUCAGUCUCCUUCAGAAAUAUAAUCUCCAUAUUGAUAGGAAAGCAAUAAUUGCCAUGAGGUAAUGAUUUUUUUCCCACGUAGAUCAGUUAGAAAGAAAUGCAUUCUAGAAAUAACAAAAAUCCUGACAAAGCAACAAUUUGCAAAAUUUUUGGUCUUAGGACACCUUAACACUCUUAAAAGUUAUUGAAGGCCCCAAAGAGUUCUUGGGUGUGGGUUCUGUCUAUUGAUACUAAUUAUUUUAGGUAUUAAGAUUGAGAAAUAUUUAAAACUCAAGAAGAACACAGAAGCACACAUCCCUCAGCUAUCAGAGAGAUGACAUAACCAUAUGUCAUGUGGCCUCUGGAAAAGUCCUCUGUAUCCUCAUGAGAUAACGAGAGGGGGAAAAAAAGCUACUGUUGCCUUUGUAACUUCCACUUAGCCUACUACAGGGCUAUCCACAUCUUACUUUCCAAAAGUCUGCUUAAUUUCAAAAGAAAAAUGCCUAAUUGAAUGUAACUCAUCUUGGUGUUAUUAUACAAAAUAAUUUUUAAUCUGCAGACCCAGUAAAAGGGUCUCAGGGACUCCUCCAGGGGUCUUCAGACCAUACUUUGAGAACCCAUGGGCUAGCGACUACCUUGAGACAGUCCUUUACCUAGGCCUGUGGAUUAAAGGGUUUAGCUGAAACCCUAGAUUUUUCUCUAUAGUCUAAUAGAACUCCAAAGAUUGUAAGAAUUGCUUGGUAGCAUAAGCUCAGGGAUAAGGUGGGAAUUGAGUUCAAAUAUAGUGUUUUAUCUUCCACACAAAUCAUCUCUAUAGGAGUUAAAUUAGGAAGUCACAACAGCGCCUGUUGAACAAACUCAUCAGUGUGGUAAUCCUAUGAGGGAUAAUUGCAGAAAGGUUUUAGAGACUUGUGAGGUUCCAUAUGACAAUUCUUUACAACUCCCCCCCCCCACACACACCAAGAGAAAGUACACAGGGCUAUUCUGUAAUAUUGUUCAGGGAAAUCAGCAUGAUAGAUGCUGUGCCUCCAGAGAGUUCUCUGGAGAUGACUACCCAAAUGUGUAUUUUGGCAAUUUGGUGGUAUUUAGGAUGUAAUAUGUUUUCCUCCAUUUCUGCUAAUUUUCUCUCUCUCUCUCUCUCAUAACAUACUAUACAUGUUAAUUGCCAAGAUUUGAAUGAGUCAAAUUUAGUAGCUUGCUGCUUUUAUUUUUUUAAAUGGCUUCUUUUAUGUAUUGGGCGGGGCACAGGGUAUAAGGCUUCUUUUCCCUCAGCUUUCAUUGAAAGUGAAGCUGUACAAUAACCACAUUGACCACUGUAGAAUGAUGAAAGGGAAUAUAGGCUAGAAUGCACACCAGAUGGGGGAAAAGGCAUUAUUAGUGAAGAUAGAUAGGAGUUACAAAGCAAAGCAAAGUCAGUAUUCAGAUAGAGAAUAGAGCCUAAUCUGAUGUUUGCAGGGAGUUCCUUGAUCACAUUUGGCAAUUUACACAUUAUUUUAUUGACCUAUCCAGUGCUGCAAAAUGUGUUCCAAAAUAUUUUGGCAUUUUAUUUGUACUAUAUAGGAAUCUUUAGGGGAGUCCAUGAAAUUUGUUUUCCUCUUAGGUCAAAGGACUGAUAAUUAACUUUGGUUCUUAAGGAGUAUGACCUUUAGCAAUAAGAACAGAAAUAACAUUUUACCCUGCAGUUUUUUUCUCUAUACCUACUAUUAUGCACUCCUAAAAUAUGUCAUCAUUAGUCUUCAUGAGGAUGUUUACCAUUUUUGAAGUUUUGCGUAAAUUAGCCUUGAAGAUUACACUAUAACUGAGGUCAUCAGCAUUGAUUUAUGGCCAGCAAAGGACAUGCUCAUGGCCCUGGAAAGAUGAGGACACAAAACAAAUCAAUUUCCCCACUUACUGAAGGACUUCCCUUACCUUCUGUCUCUCCUGAGACCUUGACUCAUUAAUUAUUUUACUCUCCUUUUUGGAAAUUUGCAACCGGUCCUUCUCAACAAUGUACUCCCUUUAAGUACAUUGAAGAAAAAGAGAAGGGAAUUAUUUGAGUCUUGAUCACGAUGCAUUGAAAACUUCCUAUGUGAGAUGUUUCUGUUUUUACAUCUCUUCCAGGUGUCCCUGAGUAUAUAAGCAUGGGUCUAUGUCUACCGAGCUCACUGUAGAGUCACUUUUACCUUUUGCUAUGGUGGAAUGGGAUCUGUAGGGUCAGGAACACAGCACCUAACACAGUGCUUUAUGGAUAGUAGUUUUAUAAUACAGAUGUGUUGGAAGAAUAAAUGAAUGAGUCCUUUUCAAACAAAUUCACCAGAAGUUACCACAUUCUCUGUAUGUAUGUCCUUUUUCGUUUGGCAUUUAGCUGACACUGACUUUUGUUUGCUUUCAUCUACAGUGACCAACCAUCCUCUUGUGCCCAGAACUACAGGACUUUCCAUUUUAAAACGAGGAGAGUCACACACAAACCAGGACUGUUGGUCAGUCACUGUGCCUUCUUGCUGCUAGAUAUGUAAUUUUCUUUGGUUUUCAUCACUGGGUCCCAUCUCUUUGAAAGUGUUUGUAGGUCACAGACUGUGUAGUCCAUGAUGAAAAGAACAAAAGAUGUAUGAAUUAUGCUGUGUUGUGGUGGUUCCCAAAGUAGGGUCCCCAGACCACCAGCAGUGGCAUCAUUUGAGAACUCCUUAGAAAUGCAAAUUUUCAAGGCCCACCCCACGCCUACUAAGUAAGAAACUCUAGGCUUGGGUACCAGCAGUUUGUUUUAGCAAGUCCUCCACAGGAUUCUAACACAUGACAAAGUUUGAGAACUACUGACAGGAAGAGUCCUGCUGCUGAGUUCUAGGCCCAGUUCUGUCACUGGCUGACUAAAUGACUUGAGGCAUGUCCCGCUCCUAUUUUGAAUUUCAAUUUUUUCUUCUGUGAAAUGAAAGCCUUGGACUAGGCAGCGUCUAAAGGCUCUGUCACUCUGUAAUUGUGUGACUUUGGUAACUUUGUUUGACUUCUCCUUGCUUAAGUUUUCUCAUGUGGGUAUGGUAAGGAAAAUACCUACCUCACAGGAUUUUCUAACAAUUUUGUGAUUAUUAAGUAUAAUGACUGAUGACUAAUAUAUGACAGCCAACUCUUACACAGUGCUUUCUAUAUCCUGGACUGUUCUAAGUGCUUUUAAUCCCCGCAACAAUCCCAUCUCCAUUUUACAAAUGAAAAAUAGAGGUCACACGGCUAAUACGUGUCAGAGUUUGGAUUAAAACCCAGAAAAAUCUGUCCCCAGAGACAGUGAUUUUAACUAGCAUGCCCUUUUGCUCAAUAAAUGUUAAUUCCCUCACCCUUUCCACACACACACAGUCUAGCUGACCAUUCAUAGACAAUAAUCCCACUUUCACAGUCCAUCCAACAAGAUCUUAAAAGAACCAUGAGAAUCUCUAGGUUUCUUUUGCAAAUAGUUUUCAAGCAUUUAAAAAAAAAAGGUGGGGGGCAGGGAGGGAGUGGCCAAGAUGGCUGACUAGAAGCAGCUAGGGUGAGUGGUUCUCAUGGAGAGGAAAGAAAGGGGCGAGUAAAUACAGCGCCUUCAACUGAAACAUCCAGGUACCCGCAUUGGGUCUAAUCAAGGAAACAACUCGAUCCACAGAGAAUGAAGAAAAGCAAGGCAGGAUGACAGCCCACCCAGGAGCAACAUGGAGACAGAGGAACCUCCCCCACUCAGGCAAGUAGUAAGUGAAUGUGCGAUCCUGGGAAACCGCGCUUCUCCCAUGGAUCCUUGCAACCUUUGGGUCAGGAGAUCCUCUGGUGAACCCACUCCACCAGGGCCUUCAGUCUGACACACAGAGAUACAUGGAGUCUCAGCAGAGCAGCCGCUUGAGCACGUGCAGAGACCCAGCAGCUUUACAUACUCCAGCCCUGGGUUUCCCAGCAAAAGUAACUGCAACUCCUGCAAAGCAGGAGAUUAGACCCCUGCACAUACCCCUAGGAAAGAGGCUGAAUCCAGGGGGCCAAGCAGCAAUGAUCUGCGGGCCCCACUUCCACUGCACCUCACAGGAUAAGACCCGCUGGUUUGGAAUUCCAGCCAGCCACCAGCAGCAGUGUUGCACCUACCUGCGACGGAGGUCCCAGGGGGAGGGGCAGGCUGCUCUCUGGGACAGAGCUCCCAGAAGUGGCACCCCAGAACAGCACAGCACAGCUGCUCUUCAGAAGCAUGGCCAGACUGCUUCUUUAAGCAGGUGCCCAAUCUGUUCCUCCUCACUGGAUGGGACUUUUCAACCAAGGCCUCCAGCAACCACUGGUGUUCUCUGGCUGACAGAGAUUUGAAUUCUCCCUGGGACAGAGCUCCAGGAGGGAGGGAGGGACCACCAUCUUUGCUGUUUGGGCGACUUAGCUGUUCCGGCCUCCAGGCUUUGGAGAGCCCACACCAACCAGGGGUGGAAGCAGUGCCCCAGCACAGCACAGCUGAUCUGUGAAAGCAUGGACAGACUGCUUCUUUAAGCAGUUCCCUGAUCCCAUUCCUCCUGAUUGGGUGAGACCUCCCAACCAGGGUCUCCAGCCUUGUCCUGCAGGCGCGUUUGGGCUGGCAACAGGUCUGUACCUCGCCGGGCCAGAGCUCCCAGAGGAAGAGGCAGGCUGACAUCUUUGCUGUUUCACAGCCUUCACUGGUGAUAGCUCCAGAUACUGGAAAAUCCAAGGCGACUAGGAACUGGAGAAGAAGCCCAGCAAAGUACUGCAGCCCUACAGAAACAUGGCCAGACUGUUAAAAGAAAAAAAAAAAAUCCAAAGGUCAGCAACCUCAAAGACUGAAGGUAGAUAAGCCCACAAAGAUGAGAAAGAAUCAGUGCAAGAACGCUGAAAACUCAAGAAGCCAGAGUGCCCUCUUUCCUUCAAAUGACUGCAUCACCUCUCUAGCAAGGGUUCGGAAUUGGGCUGAGGCUGAGACGGCUGAAAUAACAUAAGUAGAAUUCAGAAUAUGGAUAGGAAUGAACUUCACUGAGUUAAAAGAGUACAUUGUAACCCAAUGCAAGCAAGCUAAAAAUCAUGAUAAAACAUUGCAGGAGCUGACAGACAAAAUAGCCCAUAUAGAGAAGAAUGUAACCAACCUGACCGAACUGAAAAAACACACUACAAGAAUUUCAUAAUGCAAUCACAAGUACUAAUAGCAGAAUAGACAAAGCGGAGGAAAGAAUUUCAGAGCUUGAAGACUGGCUUUCUGAAAUAAGACUGGAAGACAAGAAUAGAGAAAAAAGAAUGAAAAGCAAUGAAGAAAACCUCCGAGAAAUACGGGAUCAUGUAAAGAGAGUGAAUCUAAGACUGAUUGGUGUCCCUGAAAGAGAUGGGGAAAACGGAACCAAUUUGGAAAACAUAUUUCAGGAUAUAAUCUAUGAGAAAUUCCCUAACCUAGCUAGAGAGGCCAACAUUCAAAUUCAGGAAAUCCAGAGAACUCCAGGAAGAUACUCCACGAAAGGAACAUCCCCAACACACAUAAUCAUCAGAUUCUCCAAGGUUGAAACGAAAGAAAAAAUGUUAAAGGCAGCUAGAGAGAAAGGCCAGGUCACCUACAAAGGGAAGCCCUUCAGACUAACAGUGGAUGUCUCAGGGGAAAACCUACAAGCCAGAAGAGAUUGGGGGUCAAUACUCAACAUUCUUAAAGAAACUCCAACCCAGAAUUUCAUAUCUGGCCAAAGUAAGCUUCAUAAGUGAAGAAGAAAUAAGAUCAUUUUCAGACAAGCAAAUGUUGAGGGAAUUUGUUACCACCAGGCCUGCCCUACAAGAGCUCCUGAAGGAAGCACUAAAUGUAGAAAGGAAAGACGGUUACCAGCCACUCCAAAAACACACUGAAGUACUCAGACCAGUGACACUACAGAGCAAACAUGUAAGCAAGUCUGCAAAAUAACCAGCUAGCAUCAUGAUGAAAGGAUCAAAUCCAAACAUACCAAUACUAACCUUAAAUGUAAAUGGGCUAAAUGCCCCAAUUAAAAGACACAGAGUAGCAAGCUGGAUAAGGAACUAAGAUCCAAUGGUAUGCUGUCUUCAAGAGAACCAUCUCACAUGCAAUGACACACAUAGGCUCAAAAUAAAAAGAUGGAUGAAAAUCUACCAAGCAAACGGAAAACAUAAAAAAGCAGCAGUUGCAAUCCUAGUUUCUGACAAAACAGACUUUAAAUCAACAAAGGUCAAAAAACACAAAGAAGGGCAUUACAUAAUGGUAAAUGGUUCAAUUCAACAAGAAAAUCUAACUAUCCUAAAUACAUAUGGACCCAACACAGGAGCACCCAGAUUUAUAAAGCAAGUUCUUAGAGGCCUUCACAGAGACUUAGACUGCCACACAAUGAUAGUGGGAGACUUUUUAACACCCCACUGACAAUAUUAGACAGAUCAUUGAGACAGACAAUUAACAAAGAUAUUCAGGACCUGAACUCAGCACUGGAUCAAAUGGACCUGGUGGAUAUCUACAGAACUCUCCACCCCAAAACAACAGAAUAUACAUUCUUCUGAUCACCGCGUGGCACUUACUCUAAAAUCGACCACAUAAUCAGAAGUAAAACACUCCUCAACAAAUGCAAAAGAACUGAAAUCAUGACAAACAGUCUCUUGGGCCACAGAAGAAUCAAAUUUGAAAUCAAGAUUAAGAAAUUCACUCAAAACCAUGCAAUUACAUGGAAAUUGAAUAACCUGCUCCUGAAUGACUUUUGGGUAAACAAUGAAAUUUAGGCGGAAAUCAAGAAGUUCUAUGAAACUAAUGAGAACAAAGACACAAAGUACCAGAAUCUCUGGGAUACAGCAAAGGCAGUGUUAAGAAGGAAAUUUAUAGCACUAAAUGCCCACAUCAAAAAGUUAGAAAGAUCUCAAGUUAAUAACCUAACAUCACUACUAAAAGAACUAGAGAAACGAGAGCAAACAAAUCCCAAAACUAGCAGAAGACAAGAAAUAACAAAAAUCAGAGCUGAACUGAAGGAGACAGAGACAUGAAAAACCCUUCAAAAAAUGAAAGAAUCCAGAAGCUGUUUUUUGUUCUUUGAAAAAAAGUAAUAAAAUAGACAGACCACUAGCUAGACAAAUAAAGAAGGAAAGAGAGAAGAUCUGAAUAAACACAAUCAGAAAUGAUAAGGGGAAUAUUUACCACUGACCCCACAGAAAUACAAACAACCAUCAGAGAAUAUUGUGAACACCUCUGUGCACAUAAACUAGGAAGUCUAGAAGAAAUGGACAAAUUCCUGGACACACACACCUCCCCAAGGCUGAACCAGGAAGAAACUGAAUCCCUGAACAGACCAGUAAUGAGUUCGGAAAUUGAGGCAGUAAUAAAUAGCCUACCAACCAAAAAAAUCCCAGGACCAGAUGGAUUCACAGCUGAAUUCUACCAGAUGUACAAAGAGGAACUGGUAGCAUUCCUACUGAAACUAUUUCAAGAAAUUGAGAAGGAGGGACUCCUCCCUAACUCAUUCUAUGAGGCCAGCAUCAUCUUGAAACCAAAACCUGGCAGAGAUACAACAACAAAAGAAAACUUCAGGCCAGUAUCCUUCAUGAACAUCAAUGCAAAAUCCUCAACAAAAUGCUGGCAAACUGAAUCCAGCAGCACAUCAAAAAGCUUAUCCACCACGAUCAAGUUGGCUUCAUCCCCGGGAUGCAAGGUUGGUUCAACAUAGGCAGAUCAAUAAAUGUGACUCAUCACAUAAACAGAACUAAAGACAAAAACCACAUGAUUAUCUCAAUAGACGCAGAAAAGGCUUUUGAUAAAAUUCAACAUCCCUUCAUGUUAAAAACUCUCAAUAAACUACGUAUUGAAGGACCAUGCCUCAAAAUAAUAAGAGCCAUCUGUGACAAACGCACAGCCAACAUCAUACUGAAUGGACAACAGCUGGAAGCAUUCCCCUUGAAAACCGGCACAAGACAAGGAUGCCCUCUCUCACCACUCCUAUCCAACAUAGUAUUGGAAGUUCUGGCCAGGGCAAUCAGGCAAGAGAAAGAAAUAAAGGGCAUCCAAGUUGGAAGAGAGGAAGUCAACCUAUCCCUGCUUGCAGAUGACAUGAUCCUAUAUCUAGAAAACCCCGUUGUCUCAGCCCAAAGGCUUCUUAAGCUGAUAAACAACUUCAGCAAAGUCUCAGAGUACAGAAUCAAUGUGCAAAAAUCACUAGCAUUCCUAUACACCAGCAACAGUAAAGCCAAGAGCCAAAUCAGCAAUGAACUCCCAUUCACAAUUGCUACAAAAAGAAUAAAAUACCUAGGAAUACAGCUAACUAGGGAGGUGAAAGAUCUCUACAAGGAGAACUACAAACCACUGCUCAAAGAAAUCGGAGAUGACACACAAAAAAAUGGAAAAACAUUCCAUGCUCACGGAUAGGAAGAAUCAGUAUUAAAAUGGGCAUACUGCCCAAAGCAAUUUAUAGAUUCAAUGCUAUUCCCAUGAAACUACCAUUGACAGUCUUCACAGAACAAGAAAAAAAAAAAACUAUUUUAAAAUUCAUAUGGAACCAAAAAAAAAAAAAAAAAAAGCCUCAAUAGCAAAGGCAAUCCUAAGCAAAAAGGACAAAGCUGGAGGCAUCAUGCUACCUGACUUCAAACUAUACUACAAGGCUACAGUAACCCAAACAGCACGGUACUGGUACAAGAACAGACACAUAGACAAAUGGAACAGAAUAGAGAACCCAGAAAUGAGACCACACACCUACAACUAUCUGAUCUUCAACAAACCUGACAAAAACAAGCGAUGGGGAAAGGAUUCCCGGUUCAAUAAAUGGUGCUGGGAUAACUGGCUAGCCAUAUGCAGAAGAUUAAAACCGGCUCCCUUGCUUACACUAUAUACAAAGAUUAACUCAAGAUGGAUUAAAGACUGAAAUGUAAAACCCCCAACUAUGAAAACUCUGAAGGACCACUUAGGCAAUACCAUUCAGGGCAUAGGCAUGAGCAAAGAUUUCAUGAUGAAGAUGCCAAAAGCAAUUGUGACAAAAGCAAAAAAUUGACAAAUGGGGUCUAAUAAACCUAAAGAGCUGUGCACAGUGAAAGAAACUAUCAACAGAAUAAACAGACAACCUACAGAAUGGGAGAAAAUAUUUGCAAACUAUGCAUCUGACAAAGGUCUAAUAUCCAGCAUCUAUAAGGAACUUAAACAAAUUUACAGGAAAACAAACAACCCCAUAAAAAAGUGGGAAAAGGACAUGAACAGACACUUUUCAAAAGGAGACAUACAUGUGGCCAACAAUCAUAUGAAAAAAAAAAGGUCAACAUCACUGAUCAUUAGAGAAAUGCAAAUCAAAACCACAAUGAGAUACCAACUAAUAUUAGCCAAAAUGGCCAUUAUUAAAAAGUCAAAAAAUAACAGAUGCUGGCGAGGCUGUGGAGAAAAAGGAAUGCUUAUACACUGUUUGUGGGAUUGUAAACAAGUUCAGCCACUGUGGAAGACAGUGUGGUGAUUCCUCAAAGACCUAAAGACAGAAAUACCAUUCAACCCAGCAAUCCCAUUACUGGGUCUACACCCAAAGGACUAAAAAUCAUUCUGUUACAAAGACACAUGCAUGUGUAUGUUCACUGCAGCACUACUCACAAUAGCAAAGACAUGGAAUCAGCCUAAAUCCCCAACAGUGACAGACUGGAGAAAGAUAAUGUGGUACAUAUACACCAUGGAAUACUAUGCAGCCAUAAAAAGAAUGAGAUAAUGUCCUUCGCAGGGACAUGGAUGGAGCUCGAGGCCCUUAUCCUUAGCAGACCAACACAGGAACAGAAAACCAAAUACUGCAUGUUCUCACUUAUAAGUGAGAGUUAAAUGAUGAGAACAUAUGGACACAUAGAGGGGAACAACACACACUGGGGCUUUUUGGAGGAUAGAGGGUGUGAGGAGGGAGAGGAUCAAGAAAAACAACUAAUGGGUACUAAGCUUAAUACCUGGGUGAUGAAAUAAUCUAUGCAACAAAUCCCCUACGACACAAGUUUACCUAUGUAACAAACCUGCACUUGUACCCCUGAACUUAAAAGUUUAAAAAAAAAAAAAAGGAUUUAGUGGCUAAUAAACUCUAAAUAAAGCAUUUCAAACUUAAAAACAAAAUCCGGCCAGGUGCCGUGGCUCACGCCUGUAAUCCCAGCACUUUCGGAGGCCAAGGCAGGAGGAUCGCUUGAGGUCAGGAGUUUGAAACCAGCCUGAGCAGCAAAGCGAGACCCCGUUUCUACAAAAAAAAAUGGAAUUAAAAGAAAAAUUAGUUGGGUGGAGUCAUGAGUGCCUGCAGUCCCAGCUACUCGGGAAGCUGAGGUGGGAGGAUCUCUUGAGCCCAGCAGUUCAAGGCUACUGUGAGCUAUGAUCACGCCACUGCAAUCCAGCCUGGGUAACAGAGCAAGACCAUGUCUCAAAAAAAAAAAAAAAAAAUCAUCAUUUCUAAUUUUGCCUCUUCCAAGAAUGGAAGGGAAUUAACCUAUUCAGUACUUUUUUUUCUCUUGCAAAAUACCAGUCAGUUGUUAGGCUCAAAACCCUUUGAUAGAACAUAUCCAUAUCACUGGCCCCAGGGUGCUCUUGGGCAUAUUGGAAAUCCACUCACUUAGCUCAGCUGUGGAUUAGCUCAACUCUUAGUUACGAGGCCAGAACAUGUCUGCAUCUUCGCCUCCCUAAGCCUGCAGCUCAUCAGAAACAAAGACCCUGGCAGAGUUUGGCGGUAGUUCUUUUUUGUCAGACUUACAGUCAGGGGUUGGUGGGUUUGUGGGUAGCUCCAUUCUAGUCCUUGGCUUUAAUCUGUGAGUAUGGCUUUUGUCUUCCAUCUUGCUCAGGGUACUUUGGAACCGCUAUACAUUGCAGGAGCUUAGCUUCUGGCUACCAUGGUUUGCUUCCAGAGCAACAAGCAUAGUACUUCAACAUGGAGACAACUGUCUUUUGUUUUUGUUUUGUUUUGUUUGUUUUGUCUUGGCCAUGCCUUUUUGAGUUUACCUUUUUAUAUUUUGCCCAUCAUUGCCAUGUGUUUGGAGCAGUGGGCGUUCCAUAACAUGAACUCACUGUACCAUCAUGAAUGGGAAGUCAGGGGAAACCUUUUCCAUGUGGAUUUUACUCUUCCCUGAUUCCCUAAAUUGGGUUUGCAAAAUACUACUGUGCACUUUCUUGAUGAUUCGGGCUUAUCUUUAUGACUCUGUUUUUGUGUCAGACUGUAAAGAAGUAUAAAAGUCUUUAGCUUGAUUAAUGCAA